UGAUAAAACAGAACAGUUGUGGCCCACUGUAUUCAUUCGGUUGAUCACUACUGCACAUAACUGGCUUUCAGUGUGGCAGCAUGCUGGAAAGUCUUCCUGGCAGCACCCCCCAUAAGUACCAUGUGGACCUGCUUAUAGUGCAGACAAUUGAUCCUAAUCCAAUGACUAGAACCUCAUGUGCCCAGUCUUCCAUUAAGGGCAAUCGUAGGAUCUCCACCAUAACAUUUCCCUUGGGAAUGCACUUUUAACUAUGGUCUUUGAUGAGCUUUCCUAGACUUUAAGGUACCCAGUUUUGUCUGAAUUAGGUGGCGAUCACUGGUCAAUUGCCAUAAAUAAUCCCUACAAAACAGUAAGCCUGCUCUUAAUGAAGGGUGCCUCUCUUGUCUCGAAUGGAUGGCCAUUAAUAAAUAAUGAAGACAGGCAAGAAACCCGCGACUACAACAUAGCUUACAUCAGCAAUACUAGUGAAAAAUGCUUAAUAAUCCAUGUAAUGCAUGUGCUAGUGAAAAAUGCUUAAUAAUCCAUGUAAUGCAUGUGUUUGUGAGGGUUGUCAGGCUGGCUAAUAACUCUCAAUCUAUGAUUGGGCUUGCUUAAAUUGUAUUAUAAUUGAUCAAUCAUCAAUAGAUUAUAAUUUAUCAGCCCUUAAGUCAUAUUUCAGCCAAAUUGAUUGAGACCCACCUGGCACAUGAUUACAUUGUUAUUAUGAUACUAUCCAGAGCCCUGCAUGGUGAAAUGAGAUUUGCUUUCACUUUUUUCAUAUUUUAAUGUAUAUAUAUUGUUGGGUUACAGAGGAAAUGAUUUCAGCGGGGAAUCUACGUAUUGUCCUCCAUGACCCAAUGUAUACUUCAGCCUUCACGUGCUUAUGACAGAAGGGUAGUCGUUAAAUAACAACACUACAUGUGUUCUGUGGGAAGUCUGUUUUAAUAUUUUACUCGUUGCCUGCCCCACAUAGCCCUUUUUCAUCUCAAUUUACUCAUUUCUUAGCAUUGGAUGUGAGUCUCCUUCCAGUGUUUGAAUCUUGUGUGGGCUCAACAAACCCAAAUUUUGUCUCAGUUGGGUCAAUCCAGAGCAGCCAUGGUUGUAGAGCAAAAAAGCCUCAGAUUUUCUGAGUGGCAUUGCAGUCGGCAGGAGACAAGUGGAGCUAAGUAGCUAUGUAAGCUGAGGCGAGCAAGCAGUUGCAGGCUUGAAGUUUUGACGAAUCACCCAGCAUUUAGAUAAAGAGGAUAGAUAAAAAUGUCAACCAAAUUCCUUCAUGCGAUUUCUGAUGAUCCCAACUUGGAGAAACAGCUUGAGAAGCAAAUUGGAUGCAUGACAGGAAUUUUCCAGAUGUUUGACAGGCAUCAGAUUCUGGCUGUGAAGCGUUUGUAUGGCCACAAGAAGCUUCCCGCAGCUCGGCAAUCUUUCAGUUGUGAGAGUCCAAGGCCUGAUGACAAGACACAUUCUGUACAGUAUGCGGGAGGUGAUGAAAGCCAUAGAUCACCAGUCGAUUCCUUGGGACAUUCAAAUGCAGAGCCAAGUUCCAGAGGAACCUCCAGGGCUUCUUCUGUUGACUAUAGUAACAGUAGCAGAUUUUCUGCUUGUAUCCCCGAAUCAAUGCCCUCGGAGAAGCUCGAGGCUGCGAGGAGCUCCUGGGAUGACAGAGUCACGAAAAGCUUGAAUACAAAAGAUUCUCGAAGGUUGCCGGUGGUCAACAGGGGGAAUGCCUCUAUUCUGUCUAAAGAACCACCUUCUCCAUCUCUUGAUUCAAGACAGCCAGGAAGGCUCUCUCUUGAUAUCAGAGAUGUAGUAAGGGAUUCAUUCUACAGAGAUUGUCCUAGGCUCUCUGUUGAGAUCAAGGCUGAUGACAGAUCUCAAAGCAGAGAGGGGCACAAAUAUGUUCUCAAGCCAAAGGACUCUCCAAGGCCUCCGAUGGAUGUAAAAGAUGCAAGUAAACAACAGCAGUCAUCACUAAGUUUCUCACCAAAAGUUGGAAAAAGUCCCAAGUCACGGAGUCAAGUUCCAUCAGAUGGCAAGUCAAGGACAUCAGCAGAUAAAGCUUCAGAAGAUAUAACUAAGAAGUCAAGAUCGCUGGCUGAUUUGAACGAGUCUCUCAGAGUUCUUGCAAAGUUAAGAGAGGCUCCAUGGAAUUUUGUGGAGAGCAAAGAGGCCCCACGGCCUUCUUUUGAAUCAAAAGAAGGGCCCAGAUUUUCGUUUUCAAAGGAUUCUCCAAGGUUUUCAUGUGAUGGUAAGGAAAUACCUCGUUCCUCAUCACUAAAACUCAGAGAACCUCCAAGACUGUCCUUGGACAGCAGAGAAUCUUCAAGAAAUUUUGUUGAUUUAAAAAGAAAUUCUUCUGUUAAUGACACACCCAAUGCUACUCAAAGGCAUGGUCAUACCAGUGGAGAUUUCAUAGAACUAGAUCAGUGUAGUGGAAGAAAGCGUUCACCAAGUGUUGUUGCACGGCUGAUGGGUUUAGAAGAGAUGCCAACUGGUUCAUCUACUCCCUCUCAAAAAAGGGAACUAUCAAACCAAUGCUCAUCUGAAGAAAAAUCUGUCCCCAGAACUUCUGCAGAGGUGAGGAAUAGCUUAGAAUAUUUGAAGAUCGAAUCUUUUAAGCAGAGUAGAGAGAAAGAAAAUAGUUUAAUUGAAUUGUCAAAGAGCCAUAAUUUUAAACCCCAGUUCAGCACAGAUAGAUCUAAUCUUGUUGAAGCAACAGCUGACAGAAAGUUGACUUCUACAAGACAUAUUCAGAGUUCGGAUUCACCCAGGUUUAAACAUCAUGAAAGAGUUCCAAAACCAAUCUUGACACAAAGGUGUAAUGUUGAAACUGCUCCAUGGAGGCAACCAGAUAGUUACCAAACGCACCCAAGAAAAGCAGUUGAAGCUCAGAACUUCUUGCCAGAAUUGGCCAGAAAGAAUGAUGGAUCAUCCCAAUAUCUUUACAGUGAAAUUGAAAAGAGGCUGAAGCUACUGGAGCUUGAAAAUUGUGAUAAAGAUCUUAGGACUCUCAAACAAAUUCUUGAAGCGAUGCAGCAUAAGGGUCUCCUGGAUUCUACCAAGGAGAGGCUAAAUCGGCAUCAAAAUGAUGGCAGUUACACACCUAGAUCCAGAGUCUUUCAAGAAGCUAAACCUGCUUCAAGGACAUCUGAAAUGGAAGUAUAUCAUAUGAAAUCUGGAAGCUCAAACUCUGCAACAGCUUUUGAGGCACCUAUAGUGAUAAUGAAGCCUACAAAACUGGUUAACAAAUCAAGUAACUCUGCUCGUUGUCCAAUUGAAGGUUUGCCUGGUUCUCCAAGAAAAGUGGGUUCGAUAACUCAAUCUAAGAAUGCAGACAGUAAGAGAUCAACCAUGGGCGGCAACAGAGUCAAGGACCCACAAUCAGGUAAAUCUAAUCAUAGAGAAUCUGCAUACUGUUAUAACAAUGAGCUUACUUCUCCAAGGCAAAACAAAAGAGAACAUAAUUGUAGGACAAAGUCCGAAGAACAGUCAGGUCAAGUUUCACAAAGGGGUAGGCCUAGUUCUCCAUCACCAACUUUAAGUCCUCCUACCCGGAGCCAACAGAUUUCCAGGGAGAUCAUUAACAAUGCAAAGAACAACCAUCCAAGUUUUUCUUCUCCAAAAGCACAAAGAAGGAAGACUGAAAUUGAAAGGAAACCUAGACAAUCUGUAUCUCUAAAGUCUCCAAAACAGGGUACCAAACAAUUUGGAUCGGAAACAGAAAAUCAAUCACCUCGAAACAGAAUCAGAACCAAAGGAACCUCUGUUCUGCAACUGGAGGAAGUGAGUGAAUGUAGCAGAGAUACAGCAGGAGAUCAAUACCCAGAUACACCAAGAGCAGAUGAAAUUUCUGUUCGGUCAGAAAGUAAUAUAAGCUCAAUUUCACAGAUGGACUAUGAGGUUACAAGUAGUGAAAGGUCAUAUACAAGCAAAAUCAGUAAUGUGAAGGAAGAAUAUGACUGCAAAUUUGAUAAUGAAAACUAUUAUGCAGUUCAAUCAACUGGUUCUACAAAUGCAAAGUUGAAGAAAACAUCACAUUUCAGAACAGAUUACAAGGCAUCAAGUGCAAUGACCAGACAUGAAAUCUCCAAAAAUUCUCCAAAAUUGAAGGAUGAAGAGUUGCCUUCGAAAAUGGAAGAACUGCAUUUGAAUCAGUGUGAAGAAAUGUUGAUAUCCAGUACAGCCCCAGAGGCUUCUGAGCAGCCCAGCCCUGUGUCUGUACUUGAUGCUUCAUUAUUCUACCAGGAUGACUUAUCUCCAUCGCCUGUCAAAAAAUGCUUAAUCCCUUUCAAAGAAGGUGAAACCAGAGAGGCUGGUAAUCAAGACCACUGGAUUGACUUCAAUUAUUAUUCUCCAGACCCAAUCCCAGUUAGCCCCAUGGCUAUCAAUAGUAAACUGCUAAAAAAUGUCCAGAGUCUGGUGAGAAAAUUGGAAGACCUUGCCUCAACAGAAGACACAACUAUGGACCUGCAAAUGAAAUCCAUAGCCAACCAACACAAGGCUCCUGAAUACAAAUACAUGUUAGAAAUCCUAUCGGCUUCAGGUCUCCUGCAAAAGGAUCCAGACUCACUCCCCAUGGAAUUCCAUGCAUCUGGAUUUCCAAUAAACCCAGAGCUCUUCCAUGUAUUGGAACAGAAAAGGAAUACUAAAAAAUCUGACGAUCAUGAGAAGCUAGAUAGAAAGCUUCUCUUUGGAACUGUGAAUGACAUAUUACAGAGGAAGCUGUAUCCUUACCUGCAGUUCCAGCAGCCAUGGAUAAUAAAGCAGCAUAAUUCUCUUCUAGCUUGCACAAGGCCCAGUGGUGAGCACUUGGUAAAACUAGUAUGGGAUGAGCUACAGGGGUUCCUGUCUUCUUUUCCUCCAGUGGAUUCGUAUGAAACCAUAUUUUCCAUAAUGCAGAAGGAUUUAGCAGAGAAUGCAGAAAGGUGGUGUGAUUAUAGGAGUGAUAUUGGUGAGGUGGUCUUAGAUGUUGAACGAAUGAUCUUCAAGGACUUGAUUGAUGAGACCAUGGGUAUCUUAGGAUAUAGAGUAUCUAGGCACCCUUCCUCUUCUUCUCCCAUCACCACUGAUCAGACCACUAGGAGCCGAAGACAGCUACUUUUUUGAAAUUUCAUGUUAGAAAUUUGAAUAUAAUAGUAAUUAUGUACAUUAUUGCCACCUCAGCCUCACUUCUCUUUUGCAUUGAAUAAUGAUGGGCAUGGGAGUCAGGGAGCCCAAGCUUUUCCAUGA